AUGAAUUUCACUGAGCCAUACAAUCAAUCCUUAAACCUUUGCCGGUUUUCUCCUGAUUUAAAAUACAUCGCAGCAGCCAUUGAGAAUAUAAUUGUAAUCCGCAAUGCGGAAACCCUUCAGGUGUCGCGUGAAUUCAAACAUUCUACCCUCAUACAAUGUAUAGAAUGGUCGCCAAAUUCCUCUCUGAUUUUCGCUGCGAAUCUUAAAAAAGGUGACAUUAUUGUUCAUGAUAUAAACGAUCCUACAUGGAAAAAAACAAUAAAGGAAGGUCCUGCUGGAUUACUUAAUGUAAAGUGGAAUCUCGAUGGUAAAAGCAUUAUGUGUUUCUCAGAUUUUGAGCUUCGUAUAACAAUAUGGUCAUUAAUAACCAACAAUGGAUACUAUAUACAAGAUCCAAAAUAUCACAAUAAAGGGUUUUGUUUUCGUGAGGACCCUCCAUGGUUCAUUUUGGCGGAACGUCGUGAAUGUAAAGAUUUUAUAGGUGUAUAUAAAUGUGAUACUGACGAUUGGAAAUUGUUAAAUGUGUUCCAAGUUGAUACCGUAGACUUAGACAACAUAGCGUUAUCACCAAAUGGUCAUUAUAUUGUAGCGUGGGACAACUGCAUUUGGUACAAAUUUUUGAUUUAUACAUUGGAUGGCCAAUGUUUAGGAAGCUUUUCUAUAGAUGACGAAGGGCUAGGUGUUAAAUCUGUUGCAUGGUCUCCUUCGAGUAAAUUGGUAGCAGUUGGGAGUUACGAUCAAAAGGUGUUAUCAAAAAAAAUAUGGAAAGAAGAGAAUGAAUUCAAUAAAGAAUAUGGUCGAAAUAUGGCAAAAUACGACCUUGUCGAUGGGCCUUUAGAGGUUCCCUCAAUUCUAAUUGAAGCGAAACCAAAUCCUAAGUUAGGCGUAGGAUAUUGUAAAUUUAACUCUAAUGGUCACUUUAUAGCUGCCCGAAACGAUAACAUGCCAAAUUGUCUCUGGAUAUGGAAUAUUCCACAACUAAUGCCUGUCGCUUUAAUUAUUCAAUCGAGCCCAAUAAAACACUUUUAUUGGAAUCCAAUUGGGCCAGAUCAACUCGUGAUUUGCUGCGGAAAUGAAUAUGUGUAUUUUUGGUGUGGUCAAGAACUUGGUACAGAAAUUAUUCAAGUUCCUGUUG